CGGAGCCAGCCUGUCACGUCUUUGUUGCCUCUGCUGAAGCGCCGCUGCUGUAAAUACCGAUCAAAAUAGAUGGGAAAUAUCGUUUUUGUCUAAAAGAGAUAUAUAUUUUAAUCGCACUAACAACAGUGAGGCUGCCUAAAGAUGGAUGAAAAGCUGAAUGGAUCUCUGCCAUCUGGGUCCUCGGAAUAUCUUCAUCAGUGGAUUCAGUCGACUCAGCAGUAUCACGCUCUCCAGUCACAAUAUCCGGGGUUUUACCCGAAUCACCAGUCCCACUACCCAGACAGAGAGAUGGAGCCUCCGGCCAUGGCACACAUGCCUCCUCCUGAACCCAUGAUGGACCAGCAGGAGCCCGCUAAGCCUCCACCUAAGAAGAGAGGUAGACCUGCUCAGCCCAAGGAGCCAAAAGAGCCCAAACCUCCGAAGGUCCCCAAGGCUCCCAAGGCUCCAAAGCCGCCAAAGGACCCGAACGCGCCCAAAGCCAAGCCAGGUCCCAAACCUAAGAAGGCAGCGGAGGAGCAGACGGGCGACGGUAAGCAGGAGAAGAUCGACGAGAGCUUUAAGAAGGUGAAGAGGAAAGUGGACCGCUUCAAGGGCAUGUCGGAGGAGGAAGUGAUGAAGAAGACGCUCCCGGACCUGCUGGACUACAACCUUGACUACGUCAUUAUCGGAAUCAACCCCGGCUUGAUGGCGGCGUACAUCGGACGCUGGUUUCCUGGUCCGGGGAACCAUUUCUGGAAGUGCCUUUUCCUGUCGGGCUUCACGGACGAGCAGCUCAACCACAUGCACGACACACUGCUGCCCGUCAAGUACAAGAUGGGCUUCACCAACAUGGUGGCCCGGGCAACACCGGGGAGCAAAGACCUCUCCAGCAAGGAGCUCCGUGAAGGAGGCAAAAUCCUGGUGGAGAAGCUGAAGAAGUUCAAACCUCUAAUCGCAGUUUUUAAUGGCAAAUGUAUUUAUGAAAUGUUCUGCAGGGAGAUGUUCGGGAAGAAACCAAAGACUCUGGAGUUUGGUUUGCAGCCUCAUAAAAUCCCCGACUGUGAAGUGGCUCUGUACCUGAUGCCGUCGUCCAGCGCGCGCUGUGCCCAGUUCCCACGCGCUCAGGACAAGGUCCACUACUACAUCAAGCUGCGGGAGCUGAGGGACUCACUGCAGGGCGUCAGGAAGACCAAGGAGGUGGAGGAGGUCAACUACUCCUUCGACCUGAAGCUGGCCAAAGAGGACGCCAAGAGGAUGGCCAUCAAGGAGGAGCAGUACGACCCCGGCUACGAAGAUGCGUACGGCGGCGCGUACGCUGAGAAGCCGCCUGAAGAGGGCGCCAGUCAGAGCAACGGCCACUGCACGUUUUCAUCAGGCGAACAGACGGGAACGCCUCAGGAAGCGGGAACCUCGCAGUCUGCGGACGGUGGGAUCCCGGAUGGACAGUGGAUGACACAGUCCUUCACAGAUCAGAUCCCGGACAUCAGCAGUGGACCCAAGGACGUAUGAGGAAGCAGGUUGGAUGAGUGAGCCGGUGGACUGCACAUCCACGUAGAUAGACUUUUUUUUUUUUUUUUUUUUUUUUUUUUUUUAAGACUUCGUCGCAGAGUCGUCUUUCUGCAGCGUUUUUAUCCGUGGACUCACACACAACAACCUCACGACAGUUUUUAUAUCUGAAAUCAGGGACGGAGACUCUCGACUGUCGUGGGGACAUUUCUGUUGCCUUCGUACGGUGCUGCACUCUGACGCAGGAACCUCAUGUGUACUGUUACAUCACUAGUGUGUCUUCUAGUGAUUAUAAAGCUGCAUUCUUUUGCUCUCCGUUUUGUUGAGCCCAGUUCCGACCGUCACACCAGCUCUGCUCUCAAGGAGCUGAACCUCCUACUGUCGUACCAGUCUGAGGCCUUGAAACCGCUCCAAAGUGAGUCACAGUCACAGGAGGUCAAAACACCGCAAACAGUCUUAGACUGCAGAUCUCACAGCACAACACUGCGAUGUAGCUGCUUGAAAAUGCCAAAUACUUUCAUGGAAAUGUCAUUUUCUUGGGCUUGUUUGAAGAAGGUCGCUGGGGCAGCAGUGACGGGAGAGAGACCUGGACUUGCUGGAACCUUUUCUGGUCAAAACUGAGGUGAUCAUCUGUCCUGUGUGUCUUGGCUCUGCCCCGUGGCCUUCACUCCAGGAGACCUGCCUAUAGCAGUUUGAGCUUUGUAGCUUAGUUCUGCCUCUGGUCAGGUCUCACUGUGGAAACAGGUGAGGCACCUGGGAAGAGCAGCUGAGAAGCUUCUGUUUUGUCUUUGGGCAUUGGUCACCACAGCAAGUCCGUCUCCCUCCUCCUCUCCAUGUCGCGUCCCUCAUCACCUCAGUAGCAGCGGCACAGAUUGUGACCACAUUCCUUCAUAGCUCUCUGAGGCCCUCACCAGUGCUGGAAACACAUUUCAGAGUGAUGGUGCGGCACAUGGCUCCUCGGUCUGGUCGACGACGGCAUGAACUCUUGUAUUUUUAUUAUGUUUUAGGAAUUUUAGAUUUUUUAUGUCAAUGAAAAUCACAAAGAAUUUUGGGUGAAUUAAACAAUUGUGAUGACACUUUUAUAAAUA